AUGUCCUCUUCCAAGUGGACAUGUGCUCCCAGAAUAUUUCCAUCGUCUGGAUUCCAAGUACUGGACCCGUCCCUUCAUAUUGAAGAGGAGACUCUGCCGACAUACUGCCCUGAGAAGUACUACCCAGUACGACAGGGAGAAGUCUUCAAUGAUAGGUAUCAAAUUCUCGCCAAGUUGGGGUACGGUGUCACCUCGACUGUUUGGUUCAGCCGUGACUUAGUCGACGCCAAAUAUGUCGUCUUGAAGAUAUACGUGACAGGUGAACGCAAGAACCAUGAGCUGGAUGUCUAUCAUCGUAUGAAUGCAGUCGAAUCAACGCAUCCAGGAAAAAGGUUCAUUCGCAAAUUGUUCGAUCAAUUCGUUAUCAAGGGCCCUCAUGGUCAGCAUGUCUGCCUUGUUCAUGAGCCUCUAGGAGUAACUGCAAGCGAGCUUUUGAAAUGCAUCCCAGGACAAGCAAUGACGCUUGAAAGCCUUAAACCCUGUAUCCGGCAGCUACUGGUGGUACUGGAUUUCUUGCAUUCCGCAGCCCAUAUAAUCCACACAGAUCUGCAGUUGAAGAACUUGCUUCUUCCGACGCCAAGUUUGGAAGCAUUAUCUGAGUUCGAAGAAAGGGAAAUCAAGCAGCCAUCCGCUAGGAAAAUGCUCAACGACCGCACAAUCUACGUGUCUUCACGCUUUCCCACAGGCGCCGGGCUACCCCUUCUCAGUGAUUUCGGAGAAGCCCGGUUUGCUGACGGAGAGAACAAUGCGGAUAUCAUGCCGAACCCAUACCGAGCUCCUGAAGUUAUUCUGAAGUCGAACUGGGAUUGCAAGGUGGAUAUUUGGAAUAUUGCUAUGGUCGUGAGUCUAUUCCACGCGCCGAAACUCGCUCCGCUACGACUUGAACAGCAUAUGCUAAUAUCCAGGAUCAAGGCAUGGGAUAUUGUCAGCCCCGAUCCCCUUAUUGACGGUAGGAACGCCGAUGGAAUAUUCGAUGACAGGGUCCAUCUGGCAGAACUGGUUGCACUCCUAGGCCCUCCGCCACCCGGAUUUCUUGAAUGCCAUCGUCUCAGCUCUGUCUUCUGGGGCAAGUCAGGCAACUGGAAAAACUUGGCUCCGAUCCCUGGCAAGACGCUUGAGAGUCUAGCUACCAACGUUAGAGGGGAGGACAAGGAGGGAUUCUUGCGGUGGCUCCGAUUAGCUUUGCAGUGGGAUCCUGCAGACCGACCGACAGCUAUGGACCUUUUAUACGACGAGUGGAUGAUGAAAGGAUUGAAACUGGGAGAAAACAAACAAACAUCCUCAGAAGCUUAG